AUGCCUCCUAAAACAUGCACAAAUAAAGGCUGUGGCAAACAGUACGAAGAAGAGGACAACACCGACACAUCCUGCGAACAUCAUUCUGGUGGCCCUAUAUUCCAUGAAGGACUUAAGGGAUGGUCAUGCUGUACUAAACGAGUCACGGAUUUCGAUGAAAUGUUUAAGAUCGCUGGAUGUGCAGUCGGAAAGCACUCUGACGUAAAAAUCGCACCUCCACUAAAAGAAAAGCCACAACCUGAAUCUACCACUCAACCUACACUGCUUCAACCAUCAACAACACAAGAUGGAGUUGAGGUAUAUGGAAGCACUGUCACAAGCAGUGCUCCAUCAGAUACAUCUAUAACACCUGCAUUAUCAGCAACAACGAGUAAAGCAGAGACCAAACCUGAAGUCAAGGAAGAAGAUCUACAUGACGCACCUGAUGCAGUAAUUGAAGUCAAUACCAGGUGUAAGAGGCUGGGAUGCAGGGACGGAGUGUAUCGCGAUGAGGCGUCAAAGCAGGAAGAAUGUGUGUUUCAUUCUGGGAGUCCGAUAUUUCAUGAAGGGAGCAAGGGAUGGAGUUGCUGUGGUCGCAAAGUCCUUGAAUUUGAUGAAUUCCUCAAGCUCCAAGGCUGCAAACAGGGUAAACAUCGAUUUACGGAUGUGCUAAGUGGAGAUCCAAACGAAGAGGUGUUGGUUGCGUGUCGAAAUGAUUGGUUUCAGACCCCUACGACUGUUACGUUUUCAGUGUUUGCAAAGAAGGUGGAUAAGAGUAGGACACGUGUCGAAUUUGGAACUGAGGAUAUAAGUAUAUAUGUCAAAUUCUUGGAUGGCAAGGCACACAAAUACUCGACAGCACUGUCUCAGCCCAUCAAACCAGCAGAAUGCAAGUUUGAGGUUCUCAGCACCAAGGUGGAGAUCGUCAUGAAAAAGGCCAAUGGUGUUGCAUGGGCAAGUAUAGAGCCCAAUGAUAAUAUGGGUGGCCAAAAUAUCACGUUCGGAGUGACUGGAGGUACUGGUACCGUAGGAGGAAAAGAGGCAAUCAUCGCGGGAGAUAGCGCAUUGCUAUCAAGAAAGAAGUGA